AUUUCUGACACUAAACACUCACCAAAAAAGCUUCUGUACACUGGGGCUUGCCCUUAAUUCUUGGGCCAUUUCUCUUCUCUUCUCCCUCUCUAUUGUCUUCGAGGCUCGGCCUUAGAAGAAGGUCCCAAUGUGGGUUCAUCCGCUUUGCCGAGGGGCCAUUCUGGGCUUCUUCGUGUACUUGUUAUUCGCAGCAAGCUUCUGCCGUGGGGAUGAGAAGACUAUAGAAGUUGUGGGGGUGGGAGAAUGUGCUGACUGCAAAGAGAAUAACAUUAAAACGAGUCAGGCUGUUUCAGGGCUUAGCGUAACCAUUGAUUGCAAGCUUCAAAAUGGAGAAAUAAAAAGAGUGGGAGUUGGAGAGCUUGAUAAAGAAGGAAAAUUCAAGGUUUCACUUCCUGAGGAGAUUGUUCAAGAAGGAAAACUCAAAGAGGAAUGUUAUGCACAGCUUCAUAGCGCAUCGGCAGCACCGUGUCCAGCUCACAAUGGCCUCGAGGACUCUAAGGUUGUCCUAAAGUCGAUAACCAAUGGAAAACACACAUUCAGCCCUAAUAGAAAUCUCAAAUUCUCCACUGCAUUGUGCACUUCUGCAUUCUUGUGGCCAUUCUUUAAGUAUCCACCCUCUCCCAAAAUUCAUCCAUGGAAGAAACACUUCCCUAAGGUUUACUUUCCACCAUUGAAAAACUUCGGACACCCAUGGCCUCUUCCUCCAUUCCCACCAGUUUACACAAAACCACUUCCUCCACCUGUGCCCAUUUACAUGCCAAAGCCACAUCCUCAUCCUGUCCCUAUUUACAAGCCAAAGCCACAUCCUCAUCCUGUCCCUAUUUACAAGCCAAAGCCACAUCCUCACCCUGUCCCCAUUUACAAGCCGAAGCCACUUCCUCAUCCCGUCCCCAUUUACAAGCCGAAGCCUCCAGUAAAGCCACUUCCACCUCCAAUUCCAAUCUACAAACCAAAGCCAAAGCCACCAAUUUACAAACCUCCGGUGGUAAAGCCACUUCCACCACCUGUUCCAAUCUACAAACCAAAGCCAAAGCCACCAGUUUACAAACCUCCGAUGGUAAAGCCACUUCCACCACCUGUUCCAAUCUACAAACCAAAGCCAACUGUUCCAAUCUACAAGCCAAAGCCAGCAGGUUACAAACCUCCGAUGGUAAAGCCACUUCCACCACCAGUUACAAUUUACAAACCAAAGCCAAAGCCACCAAUUUACAAACCUCCGGUGGUAAAGCCACUUCCACCACCAGUUCCAAUCUACAAACCAAAGCCAAAGCCACCAAUUUACAAACCUCCGGUGGUAAAGCCACUUCCACCACCAGUUCCACUCUACAAGCCAAAGCCGCCAAUUUACAUCCCUCCAAUAGUAAAGCCACUUCCACCACCAGUUCCACUCUACAAGCCAAAGCCACCAAUUUACAUCCCUCCAAUAGUAAAGCCACUUCCACCACCAAUUCCAAUUUAUAAACCACUCCCACCAUUCUACAAGAAACCCUGCCCUCCACUCCUCAAGCAUCCUCCAUUCCACCAUCCUAAAUUCGGAUACUUCCCUCCCCUCCCCCCUUUCAUUCCUCAACCAUAGACUUUUAAAAGAGGGUAAUUAUAAGUAGGUUUCUUUAUUUGUUUCAUUUCAUGUGCUUAAUGGGUGAAAACAAUUAAAAUUCUUCGUUUAUAAAAUAAAAUCCAAGGUUCAGAGUGAAAGAAUUGUCAAGAAAAUAACGCUAGUGACACAGAACGAGGAAAUUUCUCGAGUUUCAAUUGCUGUGUGAUUGCCAUGAAGUUCUCCUGUAUCGGUUUGUUCGAGGUGAGAAGAUCGUAUGUUUGUAAAUUUUAAGUUCAUAUGCAUUCCAAAAGUUUCUACUGUACUUUGUUCCAAAGGUUUCUACUGCACUUUGUAGCACCAUAGAUUUGCAUGUGGUGAUCCUAAGAUCACAUUUAAUAAUCCUGUUGUUCAAGAUUUCAAAUACAGUACUGUUCUAGAUUGGUUUCGAGAUGA